GGGGGGAGGCUGCUCCCGUGCCUCCGUUGCUGCCCCGCUCCCCCCGCCGUCCCCCGGGAAGCCUGUGGGCCCGCCGCCACCGAGGGACCGGCUGCCAACUCGGCCGGCGGCCCGAGCCCCAAACUGGGAGCGCUCGUAGCCCUCUCCGUCCCGGGGGCGCGGGGGGCAGCCGGCGGUGGGUGGCGGAGCUCCUCUCUGCUCGGGGCUCCUCUCCAUCGCCUGCCAUGAGGAUCCGGCUGGCGAGAAGGUGGACGUGGGUCCGCAAAAGCUGCGUGUUUCUCGGCUUCUUGAUGAUCGCUUACUUCGUGGUCGAGCUGUCGGUUUCUGCCUUCGGGGCCUCCCUCGCCGGGGAGAGCAUCACCAAAGGGAAAUGGGAGAGGCGCUUUUCUGAUCGAGCAGAAGGGGCUGUGGAUUUGGCUCGUCCAGUUUAUGACAAAUCCCCGCCUGAUCCUUAUGCCCCGGGAGAAUGGGGUAAGCCCUCUCGUCUGCAGCUGAGUCCUGAAGAGAAAAAGCAGGAAGAAGAGCUAAUUGAGAAGUAUGCAAUUAAUAUCUACUUGAGUGAUAAAAUCUCCCUUCACCGGCACAUUGAAGAUAAUCGAAUGAGUGGCUGUAAAAGUAAAUCUUACGACUACAGGAGACUGCCCACAACGUCUGUUAUAAUUGCUUUUUACAAUGAAGCCUGGUCAACGUUGCUACGGACGAUACAUAGUGUUCUUGAAACAUCACCUUCAGUGCUUCUAAAAGAAAUUAUACUGGUGGAUGACUUGAGCGACAAAGUGUAUUUGAAGGCUGAACUUGAAAAAUACAUAAGCAGUCUGAAAAGAGUUCGUUUGAUAAGAACCAACAAACGAGAAGGAUUGGUUCGUGCACGUUUAAUUGGUGCUACCUUUGCUACUGGUGAUGUCCUCACCUUUCUAGACUGUCACUGUGAGUGUGUCUCUGGCUGGCUGGAACCGCUGCUCGAGAGGAUUGCUGAGAACGAGACUGUUAUUGUUUGUCCUGUCAUUGACACCAUUGACUGGAAAACAUUUGAAUACUACAUGCAAACAGCAGAGCCCAUGAUCGGGGGGUUUGACUGGCGGCUGACAUUCCAGUGGCACUCGGUGCCUAAACAUGAACGUCUCAGGCGCAAAUCCGAAACCGACCCCAUCAGAUCCCCAACCAUGGCUGGUGGCUUGUUUGCUGUGAGCAAGAAGUAUUUUGAGUACCUGGGUACCUAUGAUACAGGAAUGGAUGUUUGGGGAGGGGAGAACUUAGAAUUAUCGUUUAGGGUUUGGCAGUGUGGAGGCAUGUUGGAAAUACAUCCGUGCUCCCAUGUAGGCCAUGUGUUUCCAAAGCGUGCACCGUAUGCUAGACCAAAUUUCCUGCAGAACACGGCACGCGCUGCUGAGGUGUGGAUGGAUGGGUACAAAGAGCACUUUUACAACAGAAAUCCUUCAGCAAGAAAAGAAAACUAUGGAGAUAUUUCUGAAAGAAAAAUACUAAGAGAGCGUUUGAAAUGCAAGAGUUUUAACUGGUAUUUAAAAAACAUAUUUCCUGAGCUGCAUGUACCAGAAGAUCGUCCUGGCUGGCAUGGUGCUAUCCGCAGUGCAGGAAUAUCUUCGGAAUGCCUUGACUACGUGUUACCAGAACAUCAUCCUACUGGGGCUCAUCUUUCUCUGUUUGGGUGUCAUGGUCAGGGAGGCAAUCAGUUUUUCGAAUACACAUCAAAUAAGGAGAUUAGAUUUAACUCUGUAACUGAGCUAUGUGCUGAAGUCCCUGAGCAUGAAGAUUUCAUAGGUAUGAGGAACUGCCCAAAAGAUGGAUCUCCUAUCCCAGAAAUUAUUAUAUGGCAUUUCAAAGAAGAUGGGACUAUCUAUCAUCCUCAUUCAGGAAAGUGCCUUACUGCUUAUCGUACAACUGAGGGGCGUGCUGAUGUGCAAAUGAGAACUUGUAAUGCUGCAGAUAAAAAUCAGAUUUGGAAAUUUGAGAAAUAAUAAUGCUGGUUUAUGCUGGUAGCAUAAAUCAAAUGGACUGUGAUCUCCAAGGCUUUUACAUGCUUGAGCAGGUAGCAAUGCUUGAUUGGGUACCUUGGAUUGUCUUCAGAUGCAUCUGUAGUGAUGUAGAAGCUCUGUCUCUGUGGUGAACUGUAUGGAAAGCAAAAGUAAAUACUGGGGUUUAGUUUCUAAAAUGUUGAAUACAGAUCUAAUGCCUUUUAUUUUUGUAAAAUUUUGAUCUGUUAUUUUCUUACUUUAGUCUGCCUUGAUUAUGGUAAAACUUCUGAAUGGACUGAAGAGGGAUUUUUUUUUUUUUCUUAAAAAAAAUUAUACACACUGAACUUGCAAGAUAAUAUUACAGCAAAGAUUUUUUUUUUUUUUUACUUGCAGAAGUAAAAGUGAAAGUUCUUGCAGUGGAGUUAACUGACCUAAUGUUGCAGGUACAUUACAACACGUGUAUCUAACACCUAAGUAAUGCUGCUGUAGCAUGUUAUUGAAUUGACAUUGACGUGGAAAGUUGAAGCCUUGUAAUAUUCUGCAGUUUUCUGGGAGUUUGCAUGCUCUUAAGCGUUUCAGGGUGACAACUAGCUGUAUUAGAUUGAAGAAAAGGAGGCUUUUUUCUGUAGAUGGGCUUCGGCACUGUUGUGCAGUCUUGUGCCUAUUCUGGAAAACUUACCUCAUGAGGGUGACUCAGGAGCUCUCAUGCGUUUAGAGAAGAGUGUAGUAGCAGUGGAACUGAGGACGUGCUGGUGGUACCACAAAUGGGAAGGAAAUAGGGAUGGGUGCAAGUAAGAUUUCUGUCUGAAGGUAAUGGAGAAGGACAGAAAGCACAGAAUUGCAUUAGGUACUGCUGUUUUGUAGCUGUAUAUUUAAUUUUUACAUGGCCUCUGUGCAAGCUUUUCCAAGUUAAAACUGGCAUCCUAGGUACACGUAGCUUAUGUGACUAUACCAUGCAUCCAUUUAAUUAUUUUUUUUCUUUUUUUAUUUUGGUCUGUCAGCAGGGUAGAGGAAGGAAAUACGGAGGAAAAUUUGAGCAGUUUCAUUUUGCAUCAUAGAUUUUUGACAACAGCUGGCAUACAUCAGCCCUAGAUAGAGUUCUGAAAUAAUACAGCAUAUGCUGCCUCUUUCUAAUCACAGUAGUACAAUGGGAAGCCUUGGGUAAGGUUGGGAAGCUGGAGUUCCUGAAGUAAAGGGAGUUGAAAAGGCAAAGGGCAGCUUGAAAGAAACCAGGAUUUGUUGGUUAGGUGGUUUACAAAACAACUUAUUUAGAAUGAUUUCUGUAUCCUGUUUUGAUGAGUUUUGAGGAAUAUUGAUUCUUGAAUCAUGUCACUAAUCGGUUUUAAGUGUGAUUAUAGACAGUAGAUGUGAUAGAUACCUUGCGUACUUGAAAAAAAAAUAAUCUUGUGUUAAUAUCUGUGUGUUUUAGUUUUAUAUGAUUUAAGUUGAAUGCUUCUUUUAAUGUUUCGGGCAUUCCAGCCUUUUUGAUUACUUUCACUGAAGUAAUAAAUAUUCUUCAGUAGCCACAGUGUAGUAGUUCUUGACAUGGAGCUGAUAGGUAGGGACUUGAGGUAGUGAGGUCUGGGUACUUGAGGAAUGUAGCAGUUGUGCAUUUGCUGCAGGUGUGAGUAGGUAGAAGGGUUAAAAGGGAGCAAGUGAGACCUGAAAUAAGUGAAGACUUGCCAAAAAUAAAGCCAGAGUAAAUUAAGACAUAUUCUUGAAUCUUAGUGGUUUUAAAAAGUUGAGAGGUUUGGGCGGAAGGAUGCUGAGAGAGAGGGGCAACAGAAGAAGAAAAUCUGGAGCUGAGGAUGUAGCGUUGAAUCAUGCUAAAAAUGUUUGCCACUGUGUGGCAUGGGCUGUUUUAAGUCUUUGACUUAUUUUUAGGAAGUUGCUUGCAAUUUGAUUUUUUUUUUUCUUUCCUAAGCUG